CACCUGCAACUCCAGCCGAUCUUAAUACUGUUAAAUGUCAGGUGACAACAUUAGCAAUUAGCGACACUGUUGAUCUGAAACCCUCGCCCGCACUGCAAGCCAUAGUUAAAAGCGCGCAACACCGUCACUAGUAAUUUGGCGCUACAAAACAUGUCGGUUGAUAUCAUAAGGGCAUCAAGUUCACUCAUUCUAACUCAGGAGAUACGCGGGUAGGGCGGCCUUUCGCGAUGACCGACCUUACAGCACUAUGCGCGGCGCUUGUCGCACGUCCGCCGCCCUUCUCACAGGACAUUCCACGUGGCAUAAGCAACCGGGUUCCUGAGAACCCCGCAUUUACUUUCAGCAAUUUGGUUCCCCGUCAGUCCCUUCCCACGACGGCUGAUGUCGCACAACUCCCACCCCGCGACCAUGCACAAGGCAACCCCUUCCCGCCUCACAUACAAAGCCACUUCCCGCCUGCCUCCUCCGCUCCAUCUUCUGCACAACCAGCAUCAGCACUAGCGGCGAUAGCCCCUGACACCCCAAUAACCGCACCCUGCCCAUCGCUACCACCACUACAACCAUCAGUGCCGCCUACUACAACAACAGACCUAAGACCACCACUGCCCCAAGCACCAUUACCACCGCGACUCCACCAGCACCCGCCGCUGCCGCCCCAGCAUGCAUCGCCGUCACUGCAGCGGCUGCAGCAGCUGCUGGCGGCAGCAGAACGUCACGGCUCCAAAGCUCCAGCCGCGGACCUCCACGUAGCCGCGCUAGCAGCGACGGCAGUAGCGCUCCUCGGGGAUCUAGGCCUGGCUGCUAGGGCGGGAUUGUACGGCAGUAGGGGCAGUAGCACUAGGAAGGGCACUAGCAGUGAGCCUCAGGGGGGAGAUGGAGCAGGUGGCGGCGACAGCAGCGCAGGGGUGCUGCUGCGAGGGGCUGUGUGUUGGCUGGUGGAGGCAGCAGCGGACGUGACGGCACCGGCGGCUGCGACCAGGGCUGCACUGACAGCGCUAGCCGAGGUGCUGUCCGCGGCUCUACAACUGCUGCUCCAAGCCACCAGACGACAACAGCAAGGACAGCAGCAACAACAACAACAACAUCAACAACGGCUGCAGCAGCAACAGCAACAGCAGCAGCAGCCUGUGCAAAACGGCACCGAGGGUGAAACCCAUGCAUCCAUGCGACCGAGCUGUACUGGGGAAGCCGUAGCAGAUAUUGCGGCGCUCCGAGCAGUAGCGUCAGAGGUGCUGUACGAACCGCGUUGUGACGCCGAACGCUUAACGGCUAUCGCCGUAUCGUCGUUGUACGGCAGGUGUGCUGACGUGGACGCAGUGGUGGCGGCGGCGCGGCUGCUAGGCUGCUGCAUGCAGCUGCAGCUGCUACUGCCGCCGCCACCGCGGGGGCCGUCGGGACCGUCGCAGGGUCCGCAGCAGCGGCGGCGGCAGCAGCAGUGGCAGCAGCAGGCUGUGGCUGCGGAGCACGGGGACAAUGCAGGGGCCGAGGAUGGAGAGAUUCAGGAGCGCGAGGAGGCAGCAGCAGCAGGGGAAGACGGCGAGAUGGAGGAGGGCGAGCGUGCUGCCUGCUGGCCGGGUGGGAC